AUGGCCGAAAGUCCGGGCCACGACUUCGCGCAGUUCCAGGAACUUGCACUGCAGCAUUCGGAUCAGGAGGUGGCUGAAGAGCUGAUUCGGCAGCACCUGCACCAUCUGGGCGUGCAAGACGAUGUCCUGGAAGAGUUCUGGACGAAAGUCGCGCCGUGGGUAGGUGCCAAUCGGCGAUCGGGUGAGAGCAGCCCAGAUUCGCUGCUAAUGGAGGUGGUGAGGCAAUGGAAACAGGCGCGGAAGCUUGAGCAUGCCGCCGCAUCUUCUGCGAACGGUGAUUGGUCUUCUCUGGCCAAGAUGAGGUUACGAGCCCGACAGUUCACCGGGGUGCCUGCGGACGGUCAGUGGGAUGCAACGCGGGAGAUGCUUCAAAGGGAGGCAGAGCAGAUCGAUGAGGAGGUGUCUGAGCCUCCGCAGGAAUCGUUUUGGGCCCUUCUGACUGGUCGCCAGACCACUGGAAAUCGACGACGCGAUUUCGACGAAGAGAUGGCUGCCUUGAAGGUCAACGGCUGCGCAAGUCCAUGCUGUUUUUUAGGCUCAGGUGGCUCGCCGGCCGUCAACAAAGGUAAGGAACAAGAUGCCCGGCCACCAGAUUCUGGAUGGUCUGGAUGGUGGUUGAAUGGCCUUAAGAGAAACUCUUUCUGCCGUCAAAUUGGCUCGUUGCUUAGACGCCUGGCGAGCUUCUGCGGCGAAGGCGAUCAAGGCGUGCAAAGCCAGGCCCAAAAACGACGACGGGAUGAACAUUGGCGAGGUGUUAUCUCUCCAACGAGGGAGGGUGGGCUGCGAAAGACCACCUCCCUGCCUUCCUUCGGGAUCUUGAGGGGCGAGACAAGUUCUCCAAGCUCAACGAGCUCCAGAUCGCAUCGGCACCUUAUUGGAUCAGAGGAGUUGGAUGGAGCCGCCAUCCUCCGUGGUAGAGACAUUCAGCUCAUAGGCUUGGCAGAUCACUUGGCGAAGGAAGAAAAAACCCAGAACAUGCACGGGACGUGCAAGGCAGCAUUCAGCAGCGUACUCUGGCUAAAUCUUGAUCGUUUCGCUUAUGAUCGAGUGGCCAAAUGCGGCAAGAAGCGCCAGGUCAAAGUCACCUUCCCGGAGAGGCUCAACACCUGGAUGUUGGCACCGAUGGAGGCACCAUGGGCACAACGAUUGCGAAGUUGUGUCGAAAGUCGGCGAAGCAUUUCGAAGGAGUUGGAUGCGAAUCGCAAAGCUCUGGACGCCACAACAGAGGCAACUCACCAGAUGGCGCUGGCCCCAGUCACAGCCUUGACCAGAGGUAUCAAGGAGGCUUAA